UCAGAAACAUGUGAGAAGAAAUUUUAUCGCAUCUUGUUUGAUGUGAUGAGUAAUUAUUUAGAUGCAGCUAUAGCAACUGCUCUCGGAGCUGGCGAUCGGUUUUUGAAUAUAUUUGGAUUGGACAAGGACUACCUUACAGGAGGCUAUGACCAGCUACGUAGUUUUCUGGGGCCUCAUGUUCAAUACCCUCUAGGUCUGAUUGGCUUGGAUGUAGAUUACUUGGUUUGGCUACUCUGUGUCUUGGCCCCAAUUAUUUUUGCUUUUGUCCUUCCACUUAUUACAGUCACUGUUUUCUAUCUCUGCAUUUGUGUCAUCAAUUUUGUCAAGUUUAAACAUCAUUUUUAUCAGAUUGGGCACUCUGGAAACUGGAGGAAAGCAGGUCGGUUGGCUUGCGCAAUUAUGUGGAGAACUUUAGGUAGGCUUUGGCAUGGGUAUGAAGUACGGGGACUCGAUAAGUUGCCGAUAAAUGCUGAAAGUCCUGCGAUGUUGGUCUAUUAUCACGGUGAAAUGCCAAUCGACUGCUACUACCUCAUGGCCGAACUGGUUCUGCAAAAUAACGACAAAACGAAGUCUGUUGCGGAUAGGUUCGUCUUUCAACUUCCAGGAUGGGGAGCAAUGCUGGAAGCGUUCAAUGUUAUCAGAGGAACAAGAAGCGAAUGUGAGGAAGCGUUCAGUCAAGGUUACUUUGUUCUGUUGGCGCCCGGUGGCACUAGAGAAAUGCUUUAUAGCGAUGCCAACUAUGAUAUUCACUGGGGCUCGAGGCUAGGCUAUGCGAAACUAGCGUUGAAAGCUAAAGUGCCAAUAUAUCCCGUCUUUACAAGAAAUAUUCGCGAGGUAUUUCGAUUUGUUCGGAUUAGGCCUUUCUGGAACUGGCAACUAAAAUUGUACGAGAGAUUUAAACUUCCGUUUGUACUGUUGUAUGGAGGGUUCCCAUCGAAACUCGUAACGUUCAUCGGAGAUCCCAUCAUGGUGGAAUCCGAAGAAAAUAUGGCCGUGGAAGACUUAAAUGAAAGAGUACAAAGCGCGCUCAAAAACAUUAUAGAUAAUGUUCAACCUAAACCUGGAAAAAUUAUCCGGGCAUUUUUGGAAAGAUUUCAUCCUGUUCAAGUAUCUUUGUAACCCAUUUGCAUGGUGGGUUUUGCUCCUUCAAAUCUGAACUAAAGUUUAUCCUGUAUUCGAAAUGCAUAUCCUAAUUAUCACACAUUUUUGUACAAAUUUUGUUUUGUACAAAU